CUGCAUGUAUGUAUAUGUUCUUUCAGAAUGGGAGGCGACCACGGCCACAGCAAGAUGUCCAUGCCUGAUUGGCGACAGUGGAAGGUGGAGGGAACGCCUCUGGAGUUCACACAGCAGAGACUGGCAGCCCGCGGCCUCAAGGACCCGUGGGCACGCAAUGAGGCCUGGAGAUACGCCGGAGGCUUCUCUCGCGCUGUGACUUUCUCAGAGGUCCUCCUGAGAGGAUUCAAAUGGGGCUUUGCUGCUUUCACUGUUGCUCUGGCCGUAGAGUACGCCCUUUUCCCUCCAAAGAAGGGCGGCCACUGA